AUGUUGAUUACUUUUUUCGAUAUUAAAGGCCUUAUUUAUUACGAAUUUGUUCCAACUGGUCAAACGGUUAAUCAGACUUACUACAAAGAAGUUUUAAUUAAAUUACGAGAAAAAAUCCGUAAGAAACGUCCAGAUCAAUUCCAAAAUCGAUCGUGGUUGUUACACCACGACAACGCGCCUGCUCAUUCUGCCUUAUCAAUCCGUGAGUUUCUAGCUGAUAAACAAAUUCCAGUUGUACCUCAUCCCCCUUACUCGCCAGACCUCGCCCCUUGUGAUUUUUUUUUAUUUCCAAAAAUUAAAACUGACCUCAAAGGACAAAGAUUUGAUGAUAUUGAAACAAUAAAAAAGAAUGCGGUGGAUCAACUCAAACAACUUAAAGUUGAAGACUUCCAACACUGCUUCAAAAAGUGGCAGGAGAGAUGGGACAAGUGUAUAACAUCGGGCGGUGAAUACUUUGAAGGAGACUAA